GCAAACACAGAAAGAGAGAGUGAGGCAGAGAGAGAGAGAGAGAGAGAGAGAGAGAGAGAGAGAGAGAGAGAGAGCUUUGCCUACUGAAGACACACAGUCCCUCGCUCACCACACCACAGACGAGUACCAUGCGGAACGCCGUGCUUUUCCUACUCCUGGUGGCGCUCCUGCUGAACGCCGGCUCCUCGCGGCCCCUGGCGAGGAGGGAGGAGCGGGGGUCCCAGAUCACCAGGGGCCCCUACGCCUCCUGGGACGACGUGAACGUGCUGGCGCACGGCCUUCUCCAGCUGGGGCAGGGUCUGAAGGAGCACGUGGAGAAGAACAAGGCCCAGGUCAGGGAGGUCAACGUCCGGCUGAGGAGCCUGAACGGCAGCCUGGGGGAGCUGGCCUCCGCGCGGGGGGUGAAGGGGGCCGGGGCCAGGGUGGAGCUGGAACUAGAGCGAGGAGAGGGGGUGGUCGCCGAGCUCCGGGCCCAGACGGAGGAGCUGAGGUCGGAGAGGCUGGGUCUGAGGACCAGGCUGGAGAGGGUGGAGGAGAAGGUGAACCGCGGGCUGAGGGAGACCUGGUCAGAGGGGAAUUCCAGCGACGACGGAGACGGCGCCGCCAUCCAGAGAACCCUGGCAGCCCAGAACAGACGCAUUGACGACCUGCUGGAUAAAAUCAGACAGCAGCAGGACAAGCUGGAGAAGCAGGGGCUACGCCUACAGGCUCUGCAGACCAAGGUGGGUCAGAGGAGAGACAAGGUGCACCGACGCAGCCACGAAGACACAGCCCCGAGGGGAGUCCGCAGCAGCAACAGUCAACAAACAGCCAGUGCAGGUCUGCCCAAGGACUGCCAUGAGGUGUUCACGUCCGGCCAGAGAGCGAGCGGAGUGUACACCAUCCAGCCGGCCUCCUCCGACCCCUUCAGCGUGCUCUGUGAGAUUAACUCAGAUGGUGGCUGGACUGUGAUCCAGAAGCGCCACGACGGAUCCCAGAGCUUCGACCAGCUGUGGGAAAGCUAUCAGAAGGGAUUCGGCCAUCUCAAUGGUGAGUUCUGGUUGGGUCUGGACCGCAUCCACUCCCUGUCCAAUCAGGGGCGGCUCACCCUGCAGGUGCAGCUCUCCGAUAGGACAGGAGCAGAGCAGCGGGUGAACUACCGCUUCCGAUUGGACGGCCCGGAGAACGACUACGCCCUGCACCUCGCGCCGACCAAUCCCGCUGGCGUUCAAGCGGGCGCCAUGGCAACCGGAGCCUCCGGUUUGCCCUUUUCCACCGCGGACCGGGACAAUGACCUCAGUGCGGACGUCAACUGUGCCAAGUCUCUCUCAGGCGGUUGGUGGUUCAGCAGCUGCGGAGAGUGGAACCUGAACGGCCGCUAUCCCAAAAGACAUCUCAACCGGCAACGGUCUCCAAGGCAACAGAUGUCCUGGGCAACCGCAUCAGGCAGCACCCUGACGUCUGUUGUGAUGAAGAUCGCCCCGUUCAGAGACUGAACGGUGUAUGGUGGAGGGAUUGGAAGGAAGACUAGUUUACUAUAGUCUACUGUCUGUCAGCUUACCGCCACUAUGACUCUUUUCACGUUUCAACUCAAGACUUUUGGAUGCUACCAAAAAAAGAAGCAAUGUUUGAUUUUCACACUAAGGUUUUCUCCAAUCCCAGUGUGUCAAAGGGAUUUUCUCCUGAAAGCUGACCUAAGAAGCAGCUGUUUAUAUGCUAUGCGAUACAUUACCUCACUGUUUCAGUGGCCUCUCGGUCUCAACGACUGCCAACUCUGUACGUCCUUUGUAAGGACAAUUCUUAUGAUUCACCUGUUUGAUCAUUCACUGUCAUUUGCUCAUUUUUUAUACUUUGGACUUUUACAGAUAUUGUAUUUAUAUCUGAAUAAAUGUUGAUUACAGAUUUAAGUGUCAAAACAUUUAUACUUUCAAAUCGUCUGUGUGUGUGUGUUGCUUAUGCAGACGACUGAGAUAUUGUUCUGGGCUGGCAGUCUGCUAGUCUUCUUGGAAUAAUGACCAGCAGUUCACCAAGUGCCCCACUUACCCGAUCAAAUAGACCACAAUGGUUCAACUGUUUCCCAAAGAACAUACAACUCCGCCUUUUCAUGCCACCAUUACCUUAUUACAUUUCACGAUUACUCUUAUUUCUGAGCAGAACACUUCUGACGCCAGCGUCCCGAUGGGCCUUGGCUGCAGCACCACUGCCCCCUGGCGGAGGAAAGCUGAAAAAUAAAAUAAAGCUGCGUCCUCGUUAUCAGUGUAAAAAACAAGCAAUGUAUGAAAAAAACUACAAUGUGGUACUGAUCUACCUAACCAUAAUAUUGUAUGUGUAAUUAGGUGUAUUUAAAAGAAUACAUGGAUAUUUUGGGUUCAGUUCAUGAGCAGGCAAUAAAAUGAUAAGCUUUAUUACAUUGAUUACUUUCAAUUAGGCUUCAAUAAAUACCUUUACU